CCUGGCUGCUGCUGCUUGUCCUUCACUGACUCCUCUACCUAUGAGUUUGAAUCGUGGCUUCUCUCACUAGAUGUGUGGCCUGGGCAAAUUACCUACCUCAUAAGCUUUUUGUGAGAAUUUCUUACAACAGUGCUGGAGCAUGAUUGUCAGUAUUUAAACAGACCACACCAUGCGUGAGUACAAGCUAGUGGUCCUUGGUUCAGGAGGCGUGGGGAAGUCUGCUCUGACAGUUCAGUUUGUUCAGGGAAUUUUUGUUGAAAAAUAUGACCCCACGAUAGAAGAUUCCUACAGAAAGCAAGUUGAAGUAGAUUGCCAACAGUGUAUGCUCGAAAUCCUGGACACAGCAGGAACGGAGCAAUUUACAGCGAUGAGGGAUUUGUAUAUGAAGAAUGGCCAAGGGUUUGCACUAGUAUAUUCUAUUACAGCUCAGUCCACAUUUAAUGACUUACAAGACCUGAGGGAACAGAUUUUACGGGUUAAGGACACAGAAGAUGUUCCCAUGAUUUUGGUUGGCAAUAAAUGUGACCUGGAAGAUGAGCGAGUAGUUGGCAAAGAACAGGGUCAGAAUUUAGCAAGACAGUGGUGUAACUGUGCCUUUUUAGAAUCUUCUGCAAAGUCAAAGAUCAACGUUAAUGAGAUAUUUUAUGACCUGGUCAGACAGAUCAAUAGAAAAACACCAGUGGAAAGGAAGAAGCCUAAAAAGAAAUCCUGUCUGCUGCUUUAGGCCCACAGUGAGCAGCAGCUCUGAGCCAGAUUACAGGAAUGAAGAACUGUUGCCUAAUUGGAAAGUGCCAGCAUUCCAGACUUCAAAAAAUAAAUCUGAAGCGGCUUCUCCUGUUUUAUAUAUUAUGUGAAGAAUUUAGAUCUUAUAUUGGUUUGCACAAGUUCCCUGGAGAGAAAAAAAAAAUUGCUCUGUGUAUAUCUCUCAGAAAAUAAGACAAUAGUAUUUCUCCUUUGCAAUAGCAGUUAUAACAGAUGUGAAAAUAAAUAUACUUGACUCUAAUAUGAUUAUACAAAAGAGCAUGGAUGCAUUUCAGAAGUUAGAUAUUGCUACUAUAAUCAAAUGAUUUCAUAUUGACCUUUUUAUCAUGAUUCCUUCCGUCAGGCACUAAACGUUGAACCAUUAUACUUUAUAUCUGUAAUGAUAUAGAUGAUGAAAUUUCCCCUCAAACUCAUUACAGCAGAUAACUUUUUUGAGUCAUUGACUUCAUUUUAUAUUUAAAAAUUAUGAAAUAUCAUUCUGUCAUAUUCUAAUUAAAAUUGUUUGUGCAUAAUGCUUUGGAAAAAUGGGUCUUUUAUAGGAAAAAAACUGGGAUAACUGAUUUCUAUGGCUUUCAAAGCUAAAAUAUAUAAUAUACUAAACCAACUCUAAUAUUGCUUCUUGUGUUUUACUGUCAGAUUAAAUUACAGCUUUUAUGAAUGAUUAAAUUUUAGUACAUUUUCA